CCAAAAAGUUCCAAUAAUUCUUCACAACUUCAUUCAAGAUUCACAACAACAACAUCCCAUAUUUAGAUUCUGUACUAGCUAUAAUGAGUGAUUCUGAAAAGUGUAUAGAGAUUCCUUCAUUUUUUGUAUGUCCUAUUUCUUUAGAGAUUAUGAAAGAUCCUGUAAUACUCUCUACAGGCAUCACAUAUGAUCGUGAAUCCAUUGAAAAAUGGUUAAGCAACAAAAAGAAUGACACUUGUCCCAUAACCAAACAAGUCCUAACCGAUAUCGAGCUCACCCCGAACCACACCCUUCGUAGAUUGAUCCAGUCUUGGUGCACGAUUAACGCCCCGUUCGGGUUCGAAAGAUUUCCCACUCCACGACUUCCGGUAUCGAAACCGCAAAUCUUAAAGCUUCUACAAGACUUAAAGACUCCAAACUUGCAAAUGAAGAGUUUAAAGAGACUGAAAACCAUUGUGUUGGAGAGUGAUAUGAAUAAACGGUCUGUGGAAGCCGUUGGAGCAGCUGAAUACCUAGCUGACGUCAUAACUAACCCUAAUAGUACUAAUAUGACGUCAUCAUCUGCUGCCGGAGAAUUUUCCGAUGAAGCUGUUAGUAUUCUUUAUCAUCUUCAUAUGUCCCAAACCGGUCUUAAGGCGUUGUUCGGAAGAAACGGGGAGUUCAUUGAAGCGUUAACUCGCACAAUGCAACGAACCGACAACGACGAGUCGCGAACAUAUGCAGUGUUGCUGCUCAAGUCGAUGAUGGAGGUGGUGGAGCCGGUUCAGGUCAUGUCGCUAAAGCCUCACUUCUUCACCGAGCUUACACGUAUCUUGGUGAACCAAAUUUCACAAAAAACCACCAAAGCUGCAAUGAAACUACUCAUUGGAGUUUGUCCAUGGGGGAGGAAUAGGGUAAAGACAGUGGAAGCCGGAGCAGUUCCGGUAUUGGUCGACAUACUACUCGACAAUACCGAAAAGAGGAUCAUAGAGAUGGUGUUAAUGCUUUUACACCAGCUUUGUUUGUGUGCGGAUGGACGAGCGGAAUUGCUCAAGCAUGGUGCGGGUUUGGCUGUCGUUUCGAAGAAGAUCUUUCGUGUUUCGGCUGUGGCGAGUGAGAGGGCGGUUCGGAUACUUCAUUCGAUCGCGAAGUUUUCGGGCAAUGCAAGUGUUCUACAAGAGAUGUUGCAGUUGGGAGUGGUGGGGAAACUAUGCUUUCUGUUGCAGGUAGAUUAUUGUGGGAGUAAGACUAGCGAGAAAGCUAGGGAGAUUCUGAAAAUGCAUUCUAGGGUUUGGAAGAAUUCUUCUUGUAUACCUUAUAAUUUGGUUUCUUCUUAUCCAUCUUAGUAUAGAUGCAUCAAGGAUUUAAGGAUGUUCAAUUGUACAUUAUUUUACUUUAUAUGUGGUAAAGAACCGAUUUUGCAUCGUAUCAAAUUAUGGAAAAAGAAGAAAGAUUAGUUUGUU